UCGGGACCCAAACACUGCCGCGGCAAUAGCUGAAAGUCAAAGAAGAGGCUUUUGGUUUAGGAGCUUAUUCUUCCUGCACACAUUACAGGGACGGUUCUGGACAUAGCACACAGGUGAGGUCAAGACUUUAUAAAAAGGUAGCAACCAGGUGCCAGACCACAAGCAACAAGCGUUCAAGAGGAAGCUGGGAAAAUCGCAGACACAGCGCCUGAAAAAUGCAAAUGUAGUGAGGCAAAACACCAAGAAGACAGAGCUCAGUCCAAAACAAGAAGAGGUGAAGCAUCAUGGGGAAACACAACAGUAAGCUGGCUCCGGAGGUUCUGGAUGACCUGACCAAGAACACCGAAUUCAACGAGGCAGAGCUCAAGCAGUGGUACAAAGGCUUCCUCAAAGACUGUCCCUCUGGCAUCCUCAACCUGGAGGAGUUUCAGCAGCUCUAUGUUAAGUUCUUCCCUUACGGUGAUGCCUCAAAGUUUGCUCAGCACGCGUUUCGGACGUUUGAUAAGAACGGCGACGGGACCAUCGACUUCAGGGAGUUCAUCUGCGCCCUGUCCAUCACCUCCAGGGGCAGCUUCGAGCAGAAACUCAACUGGGCCUUCAACAUGUAUGAUCUGGACGGGGAUGGAAAGAUCACACGCAUGGAGAUGUUGGAGAUCAUUGAGGCCAUCUACAAGAUGGUCGGCACUGUAAUCAUGAUGCGUAUGAACGAGGACGGGCUGACCCCGCAGCAGCGCGUGGACAAGAUCUUCUCCAAGAUGGACAAGGACCACAAUGACGAGAUCACCCUGGAAGAGUUUAAAGAGGCCGCCAAGUCUGACCCCUCCAUCGUGCUACUGCUGCAGUGUGACAUGCAGAAGUAGAGAGAGGGAUGA